ACGUGUGCGAUUAUGAACUGUGAUCAGCUGGUGAUACCAUGGCGGAAACCCCUGAUACUCCUAAACUCGCUAUCACUUGGAAGCUACGCUUUACCGUAAAGGGCUCCUUAUAUAACGUCAUUAGGAGCCGGAUCUAAGAGCACUUUGAAGAUAUCGAUUUAGUCCAAAGCCAUGGGGGCGCAAUGAUCAUAGCGUUUAGUCAAAAUUCAACUGGGCGAAGGCUCUGGUAUCUCAUCCGUAGCCGCGAAACCUUUAGACAAGGCUUGAGGUGAUGGGAGGCUAGCGCCAAUCCGAAUUUCGGGCAGGUCAUGUCACCAGACCCAGGAGAACUAUCGAAGGGUCUGGGAGCCCAUUGGAGGCUACAGCAGCUUCAGGUAGAAGACUCAGGCCUCCCAUCGUCAGUUACAAAAGCUUCAGUGGAGGAUCAUCGCGAUGGGAAAUUGGGACUAAUGGACGAAUCAAGAGCUCGUCACGAUACCGUGCCGAGCUUCGCACACGUCCAGCGGGUGAUGGAAGACGGUCCGAUCGCCCACGACUGCGACAUGCACGCCCUCGCCAAGGACAACAUUCCAAGAGCGCAAGCCAGCGAGAAUGAGCUGGCUGAGCAGUUGAAUGACAAACGUGACCGGAAUGGGGCGCUCAUGGCCGUCAUUCGGGACAAGAACCGCGAUCUCGCGCAGAAGGAAGGCGUGAUCGCGGAGAAGGACGGGGCGAUGAAGGAGUGCGAUCGCAUGAUAGCAAACUUGAGUCGGUCGCUCGCGGCAGGCGGGAGGUUGGAGCUGGCCUGAGACCCUGAGACGAGUGACAGGAUGAGCAGCACAAUGAUUCGAGUGAGCCUUCGGUUUGAGCAUGGCGUCAGGAGUGUGGCAUGCAGUGUAGGCAGUGCGCUUGCAUCUUCGUUCGUGGACCACCCAUAGCUACCUUAUUCGCCUUCCAUGAAGUAGUGACGUGCUGAUACGACCAUAAUUGCAAGGGUCACGAUGUCCCUAGUUGCGUACUCAUUCUUCCGAAUGCAUACUACCUUACUGUAACAAUGGGUUUGUGCAACAUCCCUGCCAAUGCCACGCUUCAGACAUCCGAGACGUUGGCACAGCCAAUCAGCGCAGCGCAAGCUAUAUGACUUGCAGUUGUAAGCGCAGAUGAGGUGCAGCUGGCCUAAUGACUCGACUUCAGUAAUCAGAUAGGUAUACACAGGUAUCUAGGUGCGUACUCGAGAGCA